AUGCCUCAAUAUACUUCCCGAGAUGUCGGCGACCCGUCGCAAAUCAAGAAGAACAAGCAGUCAAUGGCCGACCUUAAAUUGCGACGAUUGACCGAGCUUAACAGCAGGCUACGGGAGGACUUGGAGCGAGAACGAAUUCCCGUGUCGCAGGCAGCCAGGAGCAUCAUCGCGUAUUGCAACAGUACGAGAGAUUACAUGGUCCCGUCGGUAUGGGGAUCCGUCCCUAAGGGAGAGGAUCCGUACGCGCCUCCUCAAAGUGGUGGGUGCUGUGUGGUCAUGUAG